AAUGCGCCUGUAACGAAUCGUGAAUUAGGAGAGACAUAAUAGAGACAGAUCGCGAGAAGCAGAAAUGUUGCGGCGCUGAGCCUAAGCAGUGAUUAUUAAGUUACCGUCUAACGCUCGCGGUCCAGGCUCUUGGCCAUGGAAGAAACAGCCGUUAAUUUCAAAAAUCUUGGUAUAAGAGAGUUCCAGGGCCACAAGAAGAAGGUGCAUUCUGUGGCUUGGAACUGCUCCGGCACGAAGCUAGCCUCGGGCUCUGUGGAUCACACUGCACGUGUUUGGAAUAUCGAUGCUCAUGGCCAUGGGAAAGUCAAAGAUAUUGAACUGAAAGGGCACACAGAUAGUGUCGAUCAACUUUGUUGGGACCCCAAGCAUGCUGACUUACUUGCGACUGCAGCAGGGGAUAAAACAGUUCGUCUUUGGGAUGCUCGUAGUGGAAAAUGCUCUCAACAGGUUGAACUAAGUGGAGAAAACAUCAAUAUUACAUACAAACCUGAUGGGACACACUUGGCUGUUGGAAACAAGGAGGAUGAACUAACAAUAUUGGAUGUUAGGAAGUUUAAGCCAAUACACAGGCGCAAGUUCAAUUAUGAGGUAAAUGAGAUCGCAUGGAAUACAACUGGAGAGCUAUUCUUUCUUACCACCGGAAAUGGCACUGUUGAAGUGCUUGCCUAUCCAUCUUUGAUUAUUCUUCACACCUUAGUGGCUCACACGGCUGGCUGCUAUUGCAUUGCCAUUGACCCAGUUGGAAGAUACUUUGCCGUUGGAAGUGCUGAUUCUUUGGUUGGCCUGUGGGACAUAUCAGAAAUGCUGUGUGUACGAACAUUCACAAAACUUGAGUGGCCUGUGAGAACCAUCAGCUUCAACUACACAGGAGAAUUUAUUGCUUCUGCCAGUGAGGAUCCAUUCAUUGAUAUUUCAAAUGUGCAGACUGGGCGAUCUGUUCAUCAGAUUCCAUGCAAGGCUGCAAUGAACAGUGUGGAGUGGAACCCGAAGCACAACUUGCUUGCUUAUGCAGGAGAUGAUAAGAAUAAAUAUCAGGCUGAUGAAGGUGUCUUCCGCAUAUUUGGUUUUGAGAGUACUUGACUUGGUAGGUAGAACUGGAGCUUCUGCCAUGCAAUUCUUUUUGCCUGUGUCCGGAUCUGUUAUAAUGGUUCUGUUUUAUGAGAUAAAGAGUCUUUUGUAAAUUUUGAACAUGCAGAUAUUUAGCUGUAGGUAAUUUAUAUUCCUUUUGUAUGAAUACAUAAAGAAUUCAAGCAUAUUUAUGCAUUUUGGUUAAAUUUAAAUGAUUAUGGAUCUCUUAGCUGUUUGAGCA